AGCUUUGGUUUCAAUGAGCAAAGUAAUAUAUUAAUAUUCUUAUAUUAGAGGGGGCAUUACUCCAUAUUUAUAUGCGAUACCCGAACAACACAGGCGGUAGCUGUUGCAGCGGCGGCGGACUUCCGAAGUACUCCCUCUCUCUCCCCCGUUCUCUCUUCUUCCCCUUUUGCCUUUCUCUCUUCCCCUUUCUUCUUCCCAAUUUCCUCUGUUUUCCGUUCGUUGUUGCCGACAAAAAUGAAACCGUCCCACCACCGCUUUGCCUGUACUUGUAGUUUUGACUUGAAUGUUUCACAAGAAGCUUCUUCAGACAGUGGAAGCGGUGGUGGGACGGUUUCAAGAUUGCCUGUACUAGCCCUUGCUGCCGACGAAAAUGAAACCGUCCCACCACCGCCACUUCCCCCGGUCCCUGACACCACCAUUACAGACCGGGUCUACAUGGACUUCAGCCUUGGAGAUGAGUUCGCCGCUUGCCAAGAAGCGGAGCCUUUGGGCCGCGUCGUGUUCGGCCUCUACGGCAAGCUUGUCCCUUUAACCGUCUCCAACUUUAAAGCCAUGUGCACUGGCUCCUCCGGUUCGUCUUAUAAAGAGAAAAUCUUCCCGGGGCAGUUUCUCAUGGCCGGUCGGCAGGGGCGGAGGGACAAGGGAGAGGUGAGGCCACCGUCUGGUCUAGUCAGGAAUACGAAGACUGUGGAUUCCAAGUCUUUCCUUCUCAGCCACUUGAGACCCGGUGUUCUCUCGUUGUGUUUGUCUGAAAAUGACGACGAUGAGGAGAUCAAGCUUAACCCCAACUACAGGAAUGUUGAGUUUCUGAUCACAACGGGACCGGGGCCGUCUCCGCAGCUUGAUAAUACAAACAUCGUCUUCGGAGCAGUGCUCGAAGGUUGGUUUUGUUUGAAGUGCAUUUCCUUAGAGUUGCUGAGCUAUCUUCUGUUAUCAUUUUUCCUAUCUAUGAGUGCUAUUUUGAAUUAAUUCAUCAUCAAGCCAAUCCAUGUAUAGGAUUUUAGCUCAACAGCAUUGUCAAUUGACCCAUUCCAUUUUGAGAACCAAAGGUUAUACUUUCCCUGUCAUCAAGUUUAUUCUACCAAAAUUGGUUUGAACAGGGGAUGGGAUUCUUUGGCUUUUUUAAUCUGUAGUUCUGUACUCUGUAAGCUUAUGGUUCAUAUACUUUGUCCUGUUUUGAAGCUUGGGCUAUUUGAUUUUGGAGAUUUGAUAUUGACCA